AUGAACGGGCUGGCCGAGGUGACCAACCGAGCCAUCCUGGGCGGACUCAGGAGAAGGAUGCUCGCGGCCCAAUCCACUUGGGUUGACGAGCUCCGGAGCGUCUUAUGGUCCUUGCAGACCACACCUAAAAUCGCAACUGGGGAAUCCCCUUACAGCCUAGCGUUCGGCGCCGAGGCCGUCCUACAUGCUGAGGUGGAGAUUACCACCCCACGAACGGAAUCUUAUAAUGAAAGGACAUCGGCCGACGGACUCCAAGUCGGGCUGGACUUGCUCGAGGAAAGACGAGCCGACGCGCACCUGAAGGCCCUCUCCUACAAGUGA